CUAAUACUCUUUGCGUGCCACUGCGCACAGAGUAGUUUUAAGUUAGUACGUUCAAAUUAAUUAUUAAUUAAACAUUGACACAAUGGCAAUAAUAAAAAUACUGCUAAAGCCAGACAUUAGAAAAAUUUCUGGGGCUAGACAUCUAAGUUCAAAGCCAAAUUUCGGGUUGCUGUUUGACAUAGAUGGGGUAAUUGUACGUGGGAAAAAUGUAUUACCAUCAGUACCUGAGUCCUUCAAACGUCUUAUGGGACAGAAUGGCAAAUUCCGAGUUCCUACUGUGUUUGUAACUAACAGUGGAAGUGCGUUACGUAGUCAAAAAGCAGCGGAUUUAUCAAAAUGGAUUGGAAUCGAAGUGUCGGAACAACAGGUGAUCAUGGCACAUUCUCCAUUGCGAUUAUUCAAACAAUUUCAUGACAAGCAAGUUCUCAUUUCUGGUCAAGGUCCAAUUAAUAAAAUUGCUGAUGAAUUGGGUUUUAAGAAAACAACGACUAUAGAUGAAUUAGUGAAAAACUUUCCAUCGUUGGAUUAUGUAAAUAUGAACAAAAGGAAUCCACAGUGUGGCCCAAUAGAUCCUAAUUUUCCUACAAUAGAAGCUAUCGUUCUCCUCAGUGAGCCUAUAAGUUGGGAAACGCCAUUGCAAUUAAUGGUUGAUCUUUUAAUGACUAAUGGAAUGCCUAAAGAACUGCCAGCUUCUAUUCCCUAUCCACAUAUACCAAUUUUGGCUUGUAAUAUGGACUUACUAUGGGUUUCUGAAGCCCCACUGCCUAGAUAUGGACACGGGGCAUUUUUAGUAUGCUUAGAAAACAUAUAUAGGAAAGUUGUUGGAAAGGACAUACAAUAUACUGCAUUAAUAGGUAAACCAAGUAAAGUGACAUAUAUUCAUGCAAAUCGUAUGAUCGUCGAGCAUGCAAAACAGAUUGGAGUAGGUGAUAACGUUGAUACUAUUUAUACAAUUGGUGACAACAUUAAUACCGAUGUAUUUGGGGCUAAUCUAUAUGACAAAUAUUUGGCCCAGUAUGCCACAGGAAAAGGUACAAAAGUCAGCAAAAUGAAAGCUCUGCUAGGUGAUUACAUAAACGGUCCUAGCGCGAAAGCUUGCAUCAGUAUUCUAGUUGAGACCGGUGUUCACCAAAGGGAUUCAGAAUUUUUCUCGGAUCACAGUCACAGAGAUUUUCAUCCCAUCGAAGAAGGCCUUUGUAAACCAGCUUUUAUCGUAAAAGACGUUGGCCAUGCUAUUGACCUUGCUUUUAAAGAGGAAGCAUUCGACUAAGUAGGCAGAUCCAAUAAUGUCGACGGUGUCUCAGAUUGGAAGCAAGAUAGAAAAUUGUAGAAUUCAGUAAUAGCAGCUACUUAUAGUAUUAUCAUCCCGUGGUAGUACACAGCAAGGUUGGUCUGCCAUUAGAAGAAUAUAUGAGAUCAAGAUCUCAUUGACAUGUUUAUUUUAAUAAUAGCUCAUUAAGCUUUUUUGUUCAUUUUUAAUGGAGAUUGAGGAAAAUGUAAGACUUUUAGAUUUCCUGGACAAUUCUGAGUAGAACAAAUUUAUAAAUUAUAUUUUGCUUUUUUCAGAGAGAAGUCGAUACUUAUAUACAUGUACUUUCUAGAGACUUACACAGACAGAGAAAAGAAUAGAAAUAACAAUGUAAUUAAAGAAUUAAGUAGAAUAAUUUUUUAUAAGAUUAUAUUAAAAAUGUUAAAUUUUUUUGACUUAGUUCAUCCUACUGAAGCAGGGUUAUCUACUCUCAUCUUACAUAUAAUAUUUUGAACAUUACAAUUUCAUGUAAGUUUGUAUAUUAUUGGGGUAAUUGUUAUUCUAGUCUUGCAGAGACGUGAAGAUUGAAUACCAUUGAAUGUCUUUGAUAUACUCUUAGAAACUGCCAGAUUGUGUUGGAGAAUUUAUUAUUUUUCACGGAAUUAUUUCCUACAAUACACAUCAAUUAAUGACGUAA